AUGGAGAUGGAGGAACUUAAGCAGAAGAGAUGGACUAACGGCAAGGAGGCUUGUAACAGUGCAACUAUUGGUUGUGAGUGGCACGUUCGUCUAGCACGAUUUCGAUCCAAGAAUCACCCAGGAGACUGGCAUUUGACGGGAGGCAACCUCGAUCACCAAAACUGUGUUAGUGUAGCUAAGCCAUCACGAAUCUACGCUCUCGUCGCACAGCUUCGUCACCAAAAGAAGGUAACAGCGUCAAAGCACGUAAUGUAUCGCGCCAAGGACUGUGUGAUAGCAGAGCUGCACAAUGGAGACCCGCUGAACUUUCACCUCUUCCCAUGUGAUGACCGCGGGCGAUUCAGCCGUGCGAUUGUUUUGCACAGUCCCUCAUGGUUCACCAGUGACCCUGGUGUAUACGGAGUGGAUGCAGCGUACAUUACACACCGCAAGUACAAAGAUGCUCAGGUCGUGAUGGUCGGUCGCGACUGA